AUUAUUCCCUUCAUUUUCACAACUCUCUUUUACCCUCAAAAAAGAAAAACUAUUUUCUUAUACUAACAAAUGGAAUUGGUUGAACCUUCCUUGUGCUUAUAUGAAUCAGUUCAUGCAUCUUAUUUUUUCUUUAUUUUUAUCAUCCUAAUACUUUUCUUACUUCUGGGUUUGCUUAGUUUUACUACUUUGUUCAUCUUUUUACUACUAAAAAGGAGUAAACUUAGUUGUAAGUGUGAAAUAUGCCAUUGUUAUGUGACUUCAAGCUGGUCUAAAAAUUACCAAAAUGUAUGUGAUUGGUAUACUCAUCUUCUCCAAAACUCCCCUUCAAAAACCAUUCACAUCCAUGUAUUGGAUAACAUAAUAACUGCCAACCCAAAAAAUGUUGAGUAUAUAUUGAAGACUAAUUUCAAUAAUUACCCAAAAGGAAAACACUUUUCAACAAUCUUGGGUGAUCUUUUAGGGCAUGGAAUCUUCAAUGUUGAUGGUGAUGCAUGGAGGUUUCAAAGGAAGAUGGCUAGGGUUGAGCUAGAUAGAUUCUCAGUCCGCUCUUAUUCCUUUCAGGUUGUGAAAGAGGAAAUAGACAAACAACUCAUACUCUAUCUUUAUGCAAAAGUAUCUAACCAUGUAGUGGACUUACAAGAAAUUUUCAGAGCAUUUUCCCUCAUCACAAUCUCUAAAAUCUCCUUUGGGGUAAAUUUUGAAUCAUUACAAGAACUUGUUGGCUCUUCUAAAGAUUUUUCAACCUCAUUUGACCUAGCAACCAGGCUUUCAGCAGAACGAGCACUUGAGGUGUGCUCGUUCUCCUGGAAGCUGAAACGGUUGCUAGGUCUAGGAAAAGAACAAAAGCUAAGAAAUGCUAUAAAAGAAGUGAAUCUUGUAGCCAUGAAGAUCAUCAAACAAAGAAGAAACAAACUAAACUCAACCAAUGAUCAUGAUCUAAUAGAAGAUCAAAAAGACCUUCUUUCAAGAUUUAUGAAAAAUGGGUAUAAUAACAAUGAUGGGUAUCUUAGAGAUAUUAUUGUUAGUUUCCUUUUAGCAGGAAGAGAUACAGUUGCAUCAGCCAUAACAAGCCUAAUCAUGCUAAUAGCCCAUCAUCCUAGAGUUGAGGAAAAGAUCCUUCUAGAAGCAAAUAAAGUUCUUGGAGAAGAACAAGGGAUUUGUAAGUAUGAUCAAAUUGUUGAACUAAAUUAUUUACAAGCAACAAUAUUUGAAAGUAUGAGGCUAUAUCCUCCUGUUCAGUUUGACUCAAAAUAUGCUGAAAAUGAUGAUAUUUUGCCUGAUAUGAACACAAAAGUGAUGAAAGGAAGUAGAGUUACAUACCAUCCUUAUGCAAUGGGAAGGAUGGAAAUGAUAUGGGGUAAAGAUUGUUUAGAGUUUAAGCCUGAAAGAUGGCUUAAAAAUGGAGUGUUUUUUCAAGAAGAUUGUUAUAAGUAUCCUGUGUUUCAAGCCGGUGUUAGGGUUUGUUUGGGUAAAGAAAUGGCAUUAAUGGAGAUUAAAUGUGUAGCUAUUUGUCUUCUAAGGGAGUUUCAUUUUGAGUUAGUGGAUAAUAAUGAUUUUUGUAAAGUUCCAAAGUUUUCUCCUGGUUUGACUGCUACUUUUCUUGGUGGGUUACCUGUCUUGUUGCAUGCAAGAAAAAAACAAACUAGUCAUGGUUAGCUAGGUUAUGAUAUAUGAUCGUAACUUAUAUCAGUGUAUCUCGCUCAUAAAAAUUAUAAUUAUAAUCGGGUGUGUAUCUCGCUCAUAAAAAUUAUAAUUAUAAUCAGGCGUGUAUCUCGCUCAUAAAAAUUAUAAUUAUAAUUAGGAUAUCUGUCAAGUCCAAACCAGACUUAAGUCUUCCAAGAAAUUAAGUGUUGUAUUGUGGAAUUUGAUAUUUGAAUGAUGCCAAAUAAAAGAUUCCUAGGAUUGCCAAAUCAUGAUUCCUAGGUAAUGUAUUUUGUGAAACUUUUAUAAAAUUAAUUUGAAUCAUUCAAA